AACUCUCCACAAUGUCUGAAACGGCGGCACGCUUACAAUCCCACAACCAGGAAAUGGUAAAGUGUCUGAGUCUGCUUCGCACCCAGCAAACAGCAUUGGAAGAACGGAUAGCAACGCAGGAAAAGAAAAAGGAUACACUCAGCAAGGAAAUGGAGAAGCUACAGCACAUGCUGAACCAGCUGGAAACAUCAAUUGCGGAGGAUACGAAAAAAUUGAACGAAUGUUCGAAACGGCUCACCGAAACGGAAAACGGUUAUACGAAGGUGGUGGACACAUUGCAAUUGCUUCUGCUAUCCGCCAAGGAGAAAACGGGCAGCACCAACGUUACACCUCACAACGAUACAAACAAGCGUUCGAGUUGAAA